AAAUCGUUCCCAGGGCCCUGAGUACAGGGUACAAAAUAGACUUAGACUUAGGAAUUUUGAUCAUCUUCCACAUUUUAUUGAUCGCGAAAUCAGGCGAGACUUGUAGUUGUUUAUGUUGUUCGAUAGCACAUAUAGGCUGGAUCAGAAAGAUGCCAGAGAUUGUUUUUAUCAGCGGAUGUUCAUCGGGCAUUGGGUUGUCCACGGCCCAACUCUUAGCCCAUGAUCCACAGAAACGCUUUAUAGUGUAUGCUACGAUCUUGAAGCCAUUGGAACAAGAAGAGCAGUUCAGGUUGCAGGUAGGAGACGCCCUCAACGAUACACUGUUUCCGCUACAAAUGGAUAUCACCAAGGAAGCUAUGAUAGUUGACGCUAUUGGCACGGUGAUGAAGAAUCAUGGACGAAUAGACAUAAUAAUCAAUAUUGCAGGAGUCAAUCUAUACAACGUUACGGAGGCGAUAAGUCUUGACGUCAUGAAGAAAGUUUUUGAUAUCAAUUUCUUCGGUAUGGUACGGGUGACACAGGAAGUACUUCCUGUGAUGAAGCGUCAAAGGUCAGGUCGAAUCAUCAACAUGGGAAGCAUUCAAGGAUUGGGAGCUUUUCCUUACUUUGGUCUUUAUGGUGCAACUAAACAAGCCAUUGUGGGAUUUAGUCAGGAGAUAGCUAUAAUUGGAAGGUUCUUCAAUAUUAGUGUAAGCGUUAUUGAACCUGGUGCGGUCAACACGGCCAUUAACGAGAACAUGAUCGCCCAGGGUCUAGGAGGACAAGCCGAAAUACAAAGAAACAAGAAUACAACUAACAUCGACCUCACAUUGUCAAAGUGCUUCGAAAACGCAGACAUCUACCACCCCGGUAUCAUCGGUUUACCUAUUCUCCAAAAACCUGCAGAUAUUGCUCAACUAACCCUCAAAGUUGCAACGGCAGACAAGCCUCAUUUCCGUUACCAGUCAUCGGAGGUCUGUCAAGCUUACGCAGCGAUGAUCUACAAGGACGUGACGGGCGAUUCGCAUAUCGAUUACCAGGUCGCCGAACUUGAGUCGUUUAGGAGGAAACUAGCAGAAAAGGAAGCAAAAUGAUAAGUCAUUCCCAAGGUCAAUCGAUGAGCAUUAAUCCAGGGCAAUUUCUUUUUUUCUUCGUAUUUUCUGUUUACAUAAUGUUCUUAAACCGUCUGUGAAAUAACGACGCGGGAGAUUAGAUAUAUGCUAAUUGUGUUGUUCUUUUAUAAAACCGUUUGUUUAAGGUCAAGUCCACAUCAGAAAAAUGUUGAUUUGAAUCAAUAGACAAAAAUCAGAC